AUGCGCUUCAGUACCGCUUGUGUCGUCUGCACUGCCGCCGUCAUUGGCCAGGCAUCUGCGCAGACUUUCCGACGCCUCGGUGCUUGUCCCACUCUGGGUUGUAUCUUCCCUCCGGACCAAAGCGAUUUUCUCCCUGGACAAUGGUUCGACAUCCGUCUUGAGACGCAUGCACCCCAGAAUGGUAGUGAAGUCGUCCCCGGCUACCUGACUCCUGACGAAAAGUUCACCUUCACCAUUGCUAAGGAUGGCAAGCAGAAGGACUGCCAGAACGCUGCUGCCUACUUCAAAGUUGACGAGCCUGCCAUUGAGAGAUGGAACUUCACUUGGUACGAGGAUCUGUUUGCUGAGGCUGCCAAGACACCUUCGAUGGUUAAGGUUGCCUCGAAAGCCUACAGAAAGGUCGCCCUGUACGAACCUGGUAACUACAUCGCUACCCUCACCUAUGCCAAUGGUAGUGUCACCCAAGCCAACUGGACUGUUCGCGACACCAAGAUCUCGCAGAAGGCCAAGAACGUCAUCAUGUUCAUUGGAGAUGGCAUGACUACUAACAUGAUCACCGCUGCUCGUCUGAUCGCCCACCAGAGCGUCAACGGCAAGUAUCAGACCCGUAUGGCCAUGGACAAGUUCCCUGUCUUGGGUCACCAAAUGACUCACUCUAUCGACUCUUUCAUCACUGACUCUGCCAACUCUGCCACUGCUCUCUACACUGGCCACAAGAGUACCGUCAACGCUCUUGGAGUCUAUGCUGAUUCCUCUCCUAAUCCUCUCGAUGACCCUAAGGUCCAGUCCAUUGCUGAACUCUUCCACGAAGUUCGUGGUGGUGGUGUUGGUAUCGUUUCUACUGCCUUCAUUGCUGAUGCUACUCCUGGUGCUUUGACGGCCCACACUCGCAAUCGUGGUCAGUACGGCAACGUUGUUGAUUCCUUCCUGAACGGUAUUACCAACUACACCUGGCCCUCUUGGAACGGUCCCGAUGUUCUUUUUGGUGGCGGUGCCGAGCAGUUCAUCCCCAGCAGCAAGUCCUUCCAAGGAAAGGACUAUUACCAGGAGUUCAGAAACAAGGGUUACAAUGUCAUCCAGAACAACACUGCUCUUCAAGCCGCGCCUAACACUGAGCGUACCCUCGGUAUUUUCUCCGUCUCAAACAUGGCAAAGUGGCUUGACAGAAACGUCUACAAGAACAACACUCAAAUUCCCAAGACUGCUCCUGAUGGCAGCAGCGCCGCCGCAACUGAUCAGCCCGGUCUCAAGGAGAUGACUCUCAAGGCUGUUGAUAUCUUGCACAAGCGCAACCCUGACAAGGGUUUCUUCUUGAUGUCUGAGGCAGCCUCCAUUGACAAGCAAAUGCAUGUGCUGGAUUAUGACCGUGCUCUUGGUGAACUUCUAGAACUUGACGACACUGUCAAAGCCACUCUUAAGCAUCUCGAAGAGAUUGGCGAGCUGGACAAUACCCUUGUUAUCGUCACCGCUGAUCACGGUCACGGCUUUGAUGUCACUGGCAGUGUCGAUACCAAAUACAUGGAUGCUCAAACCAGCGACCGCAAGAAGCGUGAUGCAGUCGGUAUCUACGAGCAAUCUGGUCUCUCGCAAUACAUGGUUGCCAAUCACUCUGCGCCAAUCGGGAGCGACCAGAACCUCGUCUACUCAGCUGGUGUCGACUUCCCUGUUAACUGGGACCCUCGCUACACUCUGCAAUCUGGCCUUGCCACUUUCCCUGAUCACCGCGAGAACUACCGCGUCCACAAGAAUGGACCUCGUGUUCCUGCUCUCAACAUUACUGGCUUUUCUUCAAACGACUACUAUGUUAACUACAUCGAUGCCGUUACUGGCUUUGUCGUCAACGGCACACUCCCCGUCUCGGCUGACCAGGGUGUGCACUCACUUACUGAUGUUCCUGUCUUUGCUCAAGGCCCUUGCCAAAGUGCUUUCGGAGGUGUCUACAACAACGUCGAUAUCUUCUACAACAUUGCUACUUGCUUGCGUCUACAAAGAACCAAGGCUUCCAAGUAG